AUGAGCGAGACUGGAGAAGAUCUCCAAGGGCGGCCACUACGGAAUGUCACCCUGCGAGUAUCGCAAAUAUUUUCAGCCUGUACCUUCUGCAAAGCUCGGAAGAUCAAGUGUAAUGGUGCAACUCCAGCAUGCGGUGGAUGCGUCAAGUUUGGCCGUCAAGCGACAUGUUCUCUCUCGAUAGAAUCUGCAAACCGCGGACGAGACUAUCCAACUUACCUUCGACAAAAGAUCGAGGCUGCUCAACAACGCCUCAGCCAACACCACGCUAGACAAAACAAUCUUACUUCGCCUUCAGAUACUGAGCGGUCCAACCGGAAUGAAUCAGCAGAGACUCAUCAACGAUCUAUCAUCGAUUCACUCAUCGCUGAUAUUGGAGCACUUCCCAUCAUAGCAUGCUCAUAUCCAUCAGCCGCAGAAGGGCCUACACUAUCUUCACUUGUGCUGGCAACUGCAAGCACCAACCAACUCUCAUCAGCCCUGCGUUUAACCCAAGCCAAUGAUGUUGCACCGUGUUUACCCAAAGAGUCAACCGCGUUGAGCCUGGCAAAACAUUAUUUUGAUCAGGUGUACCCACGAAUACCUUUCUUCUCUAUCCAAGGCUUCUGGGUGCAGUUCGAGCAUGUCUUUUCCGGCGUUGAUCCUCGGCGUGAGCGCGGACAGGAUGGUCCACCACAGGAUCCAGCCAGUGUUCUAACGCCGAGCCAAGAUGAUCUCGAUCGCUCUUCUAUAAGUCACGGAUAUAGCUAUUUCACAGUUCUGUUGGUGCUAGCCAUCUCAGCUUCGAGUCUAUCGCGAAGUGCCGAUAGCGUGAUAUCCACCCAAGCUCAGCGACUAUUUCGUACAGCACUGACAUUCCGCGAGUCGGCCAUCCUACCAAACACUAUCAUCGGUGUUCAGUCUAUCCUAUUCUUGAUCCAAUUCGCUACUCUCAACCCCUCACUACUUGACGCCUGGUAUCUUAUCGGUGUCGGCAUGCGCAUGUGCGUUGAUCUUGGACUCCAUCAAGAUCCACAACCUCUCGACUCGGUCGCGACAAGUCUCUUGGAGACGCGACGCCGUCUUUGGUGGAGCAUGUACUCUUUCGAUCGGUCCAUGAGUUUGGGAUGUGGACGACCAACUGAGAUCUCUGACUCUGCUAUUAACGUAUCUCUGCCCACAUUCAGAAUUGAGACAGCAGCAACAGCAGUCGAGGUUCACGGCUAUCUACAACGCUAUCGUGCACUGCAGAUCCAGUCCGAGAUAUAUAAUCGCCUGAAUAAGUCUCCAGUAUUUGAAAUAGGUGAUGCACAAUCAAUUCAUGAACAACUCGGCAAGAAGUUGGGCGAUUGGAAAGACUCAAGUUCUCAACUACCGAACAAGACGCUUAUCGAAAGUGAAUGGUUAAUGGGCCGCAUGCUUCUUCUAAGACCCUGCAGACUUUUACCUCAACGGACGUCUGAUGAACUUAGUGAACUGUGGCAAGCAGCUGUCGGAUUCAUCGCGAUCUAUCGUCGACUAGUGGAGUCUAACUCGAUAUUCUACGUUCAGAUUGCCUGCGAGAAGAUUUACUGGACUGGUCUUAUGGCGUUCUAUAGCUACUGGCAACUCCACACUAGCACCACUGGAGACCCUACUUCCAUGCGGCGUCUGGAUGUUUGGAUGAUUGUCAAGGAUGUCAUGUUCAUCCUUCGAGCAUUGAGUGAGAGAUGGGACCAGGGCAAACUUCUCUGUGGACGAUUCGAUGACGUGAGCACCCGUGUUCUUGAGGUAUCGGAAAACGACUUGGGAAAUGGCCUGGCGGUUGCUUUGCCUGUUGAACUACAGAAUCUGGAACAGUAUACAAGCUUGACGGUAGUGUGGACGUCGAGCCACAAACUGGAUCAGAGGAAUGAACAUGCGCUGGACACAAACGAGCUCCGACAUUUGGUAUCUGAGAUGUUGUAA